CUCCUUGACAAGGAGGGCCACACGUCCAUCGUCGUCUUUGAAGUGCUCCAGGAGUUGAACGAUACUCUCAUUUUCACCAUUUGUGGCUGCUGGAGCUUGUGGCGUCAGCGCAAUCGACAUGGAGGCACCGCACGUAGCGGAAAAUGGGGUUAUCCCGUCGAUAAGUUGAUAAAUCUAAAAGCCCAGCCAGAGCUGGAGCUUGUAUCUAUGUGGGAAACAAUCAAGAAGGACGUGCGUAAGGAGCUCAGCCCCGAAGAGGCACAGGUUCUGGAUACCAUCAACGUUGAUGACCUUAUGGGCGACACGGGGGGCCUCAUGAAAAAGCUGGCAGAUGAGCAGCUGGGUCCGCUGUUGCAAUCUCUGGGCGUAUCUGAGGACCCUCUGACGUUCUUUGUGGAUUUGCUGAGGUUGGCCACCGCACUGCAGCUGCUGUCCGCCGGGGCGCUCUUCUACGGAGUGGAGCUUUGGGGGGGCCUCGACUCGGGUGAGGCAUUUCGCUGUGUGUGCGGUCUGGCGGCUGGCUACCUCUCCCGCCCAUUCUUCAAGGUGGAGCAGCUGCUGUGGCCGUUGUACGACUGGGGACUACGGAUACUGGCUCCCGGAGCCGUGUACGAGGUGACAGCUAGUCGUGAGGAGUCCCAGGCCACACUGACACGGCUGGGGGUGGCUGUGUCGGUGUGUAGCUUCCUACCGCAGCUGCUUCUGGGUUGGGACUCCUCAACUGCGGUGCAAUUUGUGUUGCCGCUGACCGUGGGUUGGCUGCUGUUCGACGUGACGUACAUGGCAGCGCUGCUGGCCAUGCUGCAGCGAUACAAUUGAAGGAAAUGGAAAGGGAGGGAGGUGCCAGGUGAUUGUAUAGCAAAUGCACCAAUGCAUGUAUGUUUAGGUGGCAGGAUUUGUGUGGAACUGCUGGACUAUGGAUGCUGCACAGGUGAUGCAGCUGGGAAGGCGAAGAAGUGAAGGGAAGUGAACGGAAAUGAAGGGAAGCGAAGGCGGCUCAGGGUGGCAGCUGAAGUGCGACCAUGUUGUGCUACUAUUGGGUGCGGUUUGACAGGGCGGUUGUGCGCGGGUGGAGACCGUGAGCCGUGUGGGUGUGUUGACAUGUGUGUGUGUGUGUGUGUGUGUGCGUGUGUGUGUGUGUUGGAAUGGGCCUAGAUGGGCCUUGGGAGAAGGGGAGAAACGUGUCCCGCAGAAGCGGACAACAUACCGAUGACCUGAAUAUUGUGACGACAUGCAUUAACGGUCUUGAA